AAUUAGCCAGUGGAGUAGCGACGAAGAGAACAUUAAUAAUUUUCCAAACUUGCCGACAACGAAUUACUUAGUCGUUUACGGAAUGUUUUCUCGACAGAGAACCAAUUCUUUUUAGGGCUUUUGCCGUAAAGGAGAUUGUUCUUUAAUUGUUCACUAAAAUAAUGUGGUGAUUAGAGAAAGAAAAUGGCGCAAUCUAUCUUUGAUGCUUUAACGGGUGUUUCCCUCGACAGUCCAUCAGUACAAGCAUUAUUAGAUUCUCCGACUCUUAUAUCAGAGGUUGAGCAAUCUGCCAUUGAUCAAGAGGAUGAAGAUAUAUUUCAGUGUGGAAAAUGUAAAUCCCAGUUCACUUCGUUGCAUAUGUUUAUAUUGCAUAAAAGGGAGCACUCUAAAGUGCAAGAACAUACAGUAGAUCUGAGUCAGUACUUGGUUGGUAAUAAUGAUCAGACAGUACACACUGACAAUACUUGUCAAGAUGGAACAGACUACAAUCCCCAAGACAAUUUCGUUCAGGCUCCACUUGGAGAGCCCAUUAUACUUGAAGAGACUGAUAUGUUAUUUAGUAUGGACCAAGAAGGCACCAGUUAUUUAGCAUCAGACUCUGAAUUUGGAGUACCAAUUAUUUUGAACACACAAAACGUUAGUACCUUUACAAAUUCCAUAAUCAGCACUGAAAAUGAGGUUGUUGAAGAAGCAGAUGGUCAUUCUCCUCUACAAACUGAUAUAUCCGAGGAUAAUUUUAUGUCCUCAACACCUCAAUGCCAAGGAAAUUCAGUUUCCUUGAUACCUCUCAAUGUUACACACAUUGAAAAUCUGCCUACUGUACAAAGUAAUGACACAAAUCAAAUCCAAGAAUUAAGGUUUAAAUGCAGCUACUGCAAUAAACAAUUUCCAAAGAAAUUCUACUGGCAGCAACAUGAACGUUCGCACACUGGCGAGAAGCCGUAUCAAUGUGUAGUAUGCGGACGUGCAUUCGCACAAAAAUCAAAUGUUAAGAAGCAUAUGUCCUCGCACAAAGUCUGGCCUGGUACAGCCAUACGUUCAUUGCCACCAGAGGCACCAAUCGAUGGCAGUAUAGAUCGUACGUACCACUGUCAAUUCUGCAGAGAAAUAUUUUCCACGUACAAGGACCUUAAGGGCCAUCUAAUAGUAUCUCAUCUAGCUCUAAAAGUAUAUAAAUGUGUACAAAGUAGCUGCAGCAUGAUGUUCUCUGAACUGGAGGAAUUUUUGGAACACACAAGAAGUCACAAACGAUCAGAGUACCGUUGUCACAUUUGCGCCGAAAUCUUCAAUACAUUAUCAGACCUAGGCCAUCACCAGAAAAGCCACACCGUCCAAAAACAGAAGUCGACUGAAAAAUAUUAUUGCUGUUCAAUCUGUAAAUCAUCUUUUUCGAAUCUCGAAGCUCUGCAGCAUCAUACAGAAACUACUACUCAUGAUUAUGCCUGUCCGCAUUGCGACAAAAGUUUUCUCAUUGAACGUUUCCUACGUCGCCAUCUAAAAACUCAUGCAACUUCUGCCAGAUUUGCUUGCGAAGAUUGUGGCAAAGCUUUUAAGACAGAACAGUAUUUGGCAAACCAUAAACUUAUUCAUAGCGAAGAGACACCAUUCCUGUGUCCGAACUGUCCAGCACGUUUUAAAAGAAAAGACCGACUCGGACGUCAUAUGCUUAUACACGAUCUAACCAAAAGACUCAAAUGUCCCUUCAGAGGAUAUUUGGGAUGCAUGAGUGAAUUCUCACGAUCCGACAAACUUAAAAGGCACCUUCUUACGCACAGUAAUAUCAAACGCUUCAGUUGCAGCCAUUGCAAUCGUAAUUUUCACAGAGCACAGGCGCUCAAGCAUCAUGAGCUGAAUAAGCAUUGCGUCAAAUGUGAUAUUUGCUCUCUCGCAUUCAAAACUAAAGAACAAUUAUUAACUCACAAUUGUGAUCAAACAUUCGAGAUAAAAAAGCAUAGCAGUUCUCAAAGACCAAAAAAAGCUUCCGGUACCUUUAAAUCAAGGAAACCUACACCGAAGAGACAAAUAUCGACUAAAUCUCUUACGGAGUCCGCCGAGAAAAAAAUGAAUGAGUCAGAAAAAAAGUUAAAUAUAGAGGAAACUUCUGUAAAAAUACGAAGUACAUCCGUGACAAAGGAGAUAGAAUCUGUUACUCAAGUAUCGUUAAAAUCUUCAGCAAUGAGUAAGGAUAAACAACGCAACGUGGACAACCGUUCGAACAAUGUGAAUUGUGAUUAAGAAUUUAUCAACACAUUUUUAUUAAGAUUAUUUAUCUUCUACAGGAUUUAGAACAUAAAACAAGUUAUUCUCGGCACGUGCAAUACUAUCAUGGGUAAAGUGGAAAUUGCAUUUUACAAUAGUCUACGAUAUUUUGUAGUUUACAUAUCUGUGAUAAAUGUAUUAUAAAUUAUACAAAAUAUAUAAGUAACUUAUA